UCCCUCCUGUCACAUCUGGAUCUGGCUCCUCUCAUCAGCACCACUCAGCGCAGUAGGAGCGAGUCGGAGUGAGGGAGGGAGGGAAACGACCGGAGAAGAGGAGACUGGCUCGGUCGGUACAGCUACAUCUACAACCGAGCAGAACCAAGAGAAGAGCGGAAGRGCAUUCACACCUUCUCAUCCGCACACAACAGUAUCUCCAUCUCCUGUGUCCCUCCAYCUGUCAGUCCAGCUUUUCUCUCCCUCUCUCUCUCUCUUCCUUCCACUUAUCUCGGAUAUUAUGAGCUCCAGCUUGCUAGAAAACCCGGUGCAGGCGAUUCUGUACCUCCGGGAGCUCACCACGAUCGUGCAGAACCAGCAGAGUCUCAUCCAGACCCAGCGCGCACGGAUAGAGGAGCUGGACAGGCGGGUGGACGAGCUCAUCGGCGAGAACAGGCACCUGCGGGACGUCAGGGUACAACAGCAGCUCCCUUACCUUCACCAUCAUUCCCAUCAUACUCUCCCGGACCCCAGCUGCCUUCACCAUCACCACCACCCGCAGGAUCCCCAG